UGAUUUGCCAGUGAUUUGGCUGAAAAUAAUUUUCUUAAGCAAUAAUUUUACAUGUCGAGAUAUAAAAACAGAUCGAUCUGACCGAAGAAAAGAAGCUGAUAUAAAAUUUUAUAUAGAAGACACAUAGGAAUGGUAUGCCAUAGUUUUGUGAAUUGAAAAACAUCAGACAGGAAUCAAGACAAAAGAUAGAAUCAUAUGAUGUGUCAUUUGUGCAUUUUAUAUUAACCUUAGCUUGGAAUAUAACACAAGUUUUAUAUUCAGGAUAAAAAAACAAACAUUGUUAUGUGGAUGCAUGAACCAGGUUUCAGAAAACUCCCACACAUCCUGACCAGCUAUGAAAAAUGAGCAUUCGAAGUGUGAAUGGUCACUUGUUUCUCUCCACAUUGUUAGAGUCUAUAAAUGUGUGAUUUGUUGUAAUGAAAUAACCAAGAGAAAAACUCUUAAUCUAGGCAGUUCUCUUGCACAGCUGAUAGGUGAAUUCAAGAAGUGGGAAAGUUUUAAGUGUAAGUUUUGUGAAAAAACAUUUGGCCAAAAGUACAGCCUUGCAGUGCAUAAGCGGGUACAUACAGAUUCAAAGCCUUAUUUAUGUGUUCUGUGUGAGAGUGAUUUUUUCACAUUUUCUGGCCUUGAACUUCAUAAGAAAAUUCACUGUUGCGGAGAAAAAGCAUUUACAGUUAUGAAAACGAAAGCCAAGGAAGUGUCUGUUCCAGUGACCAGAAGUAAAUCAGCAAAGCAUGUUGAUAAAAUAUCCAAGGCAUCUUUGUCACAGCUGACAAAACCUAAAAAGAUAAAAGUAAUUGUUACAGGCGGUAAUCGGCACAAAAAUAAGAACAUUCCAAAAAAAACUAAAGUUGAAUAUUCAGGUGAUUCUAAAAUCACUGAAGUGGAAAAAGAGGGAGGUGUUAGUUUUCCUAAUGCAGAAACCAAUCAAAAACAGUUGCAAAAACAAGCUACAAGUGUUAGUCUUCCAGAUAUGUCUCCCUUUGUUGAGACAGCUAAUGGCUGUCUAUCUGACAGUGCCAUUUCACAAGUAGAAGAAGAGGCAAGUGAUGUCAAAACAAAGGGUGAUGCACAACACCCUGCAUUACAAGGUUCUCAAGAUAAAGUUGACAGUGAUUCGGAAUCUGUAACUGACCUACCUGCAUCGAAAAAACUUAAAGCUUUAGUUGAUCUCUCUGACCAAAUUAAGCAUGAAGGUGGGGAUAGCUUGCCAAAGUCUGAGACAGUUGUUGUUAAUGAACCAGCAGCAAAGAAAGACAAGCCAAAUAAAGACUCCCACCAUUCUUCAGUAUCAGAUGCUGAUGAAAUCUUUCAUUCUGAAGACAGUGAUAUUUCUUUUGAAGAAUUUAAAGUGACAAGCAAAGAUCACAAGUACAAUACACGGCAUAUAGAUCCAAAAAAGUCAUAUAAGAAACUUUUGCCAAGGCUUAAGAAUGAAAGAAAACGAAUAAAAGUACGCAAGUGCUCCCUCUGUCCACAUUCAUUUUUUUCCAAAGAAACUUUAAAAGCGCACAUGUUGGAACAUAAAAAGAAUAGGGUUAAUGACUACCAGUGUGAUAUUUGCAAGAAAAUGUUUAACAAUAAGUCCAAAAUGGAGAUACAUAAACAAAUUCAUAGUGGAGAUCAACCUUUUAAUUGUCUCGACUGUGACUUGUCAUUUAGUUCCAGAGAAAAACUGGAUGUUCACAACAGAAUUCACACAGGAGAGAAACCCUACAGGUGUGAUUGUUGUUCAAAGGAGUUUCGUUGUCGAACUUACUUAAAACAGCACCUACGGCUUCACAGAUCAAGUAAAGAUUACAGGUGUUCUACUUGUGAUAAAGGUUUCCAUAUGGAAAAAUACUUGAAAAAUCAUAUGGCCAGUGCUCAAAUUCAGAUAUGCCACAUAUGCAAAAAGAGUUUUUGUUCUGCUCCCCAGUUGAAUGCCCAUGUCAAAGAGCAUGGUGAGGUUUAUCCUUAUCCUUGUGAGUUAUGCAAGAAGAGGUUCAAAGUUCAGAACAAUUAUCUUCUGCAUUGUAGAAUCAAACACAAUGUAGGAGAUGCACCACUGAGAAAAAAGUAUUCUUGUGACUUGUGUCCUACCACUUUUUACAAACUCCGGCAAAUGACAGUUCAUAUGGAAAAUGUCCAUAACAAAGUCAAGGAAACGGUGGUACUGGUCUGCCCUUGGAGCCACUGUGGACGGAAAUUCACCAGUGAGAAGAGACUUAAUAUUCAUGUCCGCUCACACAAUGGAGAAAAGAGCUAUCUGUGCUAUAAAUGUGGUGUAAACUUUAAAGACUAUGUUUAUUUCCGGAAACACAGAGCCCGGUGUCUGCAAAAGAGGAAAGGUGCAUUCGCUUGUGAUAUAUGUGGUACAGUUCUCACAGAAAUGGGUUCUCUCAGAGUCCACAAGCGGAUUCACACCGGAGAAAAACCAUAUCAAUGUGACCUGUGUGGAACCUGGUUUCGAACACCAUCCCACCUCAAAAGACACGAGCUAAUACACCUACGCAACAAGGAUAAGCCAAUCCGUCGUAGAAUGAAACAUCAUGUACCUGUGUCCAGUACAUUUGUGGUGAAAACUGAGAAAGAAGAUGUGGAAGAUAUGUCAACGAUGGUUUCUGAUAGCAGACAUCUGGAUCGUCUUGAGUUCAUAGCAACUGGAGAGCCUAGUGAAACUGAAGACCGAAAGCCAGUAUUUGACACCACUGGAGUCCAAACUGUGUCAGCUACAGAUGUAAAUGAGUUGCUUUUUGCAUCGCAAAUUGUGCAGGAAGUAAUGGCGACUUCACAUAUCAAGAAAGAACCAAAUGAAACACACUAUAUUGUUAUAAGUCAAGAACCUGAUGCAAAUGAUGAAAAUCAACAUGUCACUUAUCUAACUCAGGAACAGUAUGGACUUUUGCCAGAUGACCAAGUGACUUAUAUAACCCAGGGACAGCAAAUUUCAGAUGAGCAAAUAACCUUCAUUACCCAGGGACAAGAGGUUAUUUCACCCAAUGGACAAAUUACUUAUGUGACCGAAGCACAAGACGUGAGUUCGUCUGAUAAUGCUAAUCAAGAAGUAAUUGGUGAUGUUCUAGAAUUGCAGGAAUCUCCAGCACAUAAUGACAGAAUAGCAUUUACUCUGACAUCCAAUGAAGGUGAUCACACAAGAUAUGUUGUAAUAAACCCAGAUGUCCCAGAAGGCUCUGUUAUCAGAACUUGGUCCAUCAUGGAGCACCUGCCUCACACCGGUAGAUCAAGCGAUGAGAAUGAGGCUGCAGUGUGUUUGAGCAGCUUGUCCAGUAGUGCUGUGGCCUAUCCUCCAGGGCCCUGGCCCACCGACAUGUCUAGGAUGGACUCCACCCACACCGACAGACCUGCCUCCUGGUCAGCUAAUGAAACCAACAUGGAUAACUACCCCAACAAGCACAGCAUGGGCAACAGUCUGCCAAACAGCAUACCCUACAUGGAUCCAAAUUAUGUUCAAAGGCAUGCUCCAUGGUUUCCCAACAGAUCUGAGAUGGACAUGUUUGCCAAUAAGGACAUGACGAGAAAUAGUUCAACAUACAUGCAAGAUACAAGGCAGCCUGUGUGGCCUACUAAUGAAGCUGAUAUGGGCAGUGUUCCCAGCACUAGCAACAUCAAAUAUGGCGGUCACAGCAGUUCGUCAUACAUGACUGAACAUAAGACAGAUUCUAUUAAGGUUGAAGCAGAUGACACAGUCGCACCGAAAGAGAUACAAGAAAAUGCAUUUGCUAAUGAUUGCGAGAGGCGUCGGCUGCAUGACCCAUUGCCUCCAGAUUAUACUGAUUUUAAGACCGAUUCAUCAAGCAUUGGUGAUUUGUCAACCAGUGCUCACAACAAUAGAAAUGCAACAGUGUCCCAGGCUAGCGUUCCUAAUGAACAUCUUGAAUGCAAGUGGACACUCUGUGCACUGAAAAUCGUCAAGGUCUACAAGUGUGAGCUGUGCCAGAAGCUCAUCUCCAGGACGACGUCCUUGAGUCUGUUGACCUUGCUCAGCCAGCAUGCUGGAAAUGUGAAUGCGUCAGAACCCACCAAGUGCAGUGUGUGCGAGAAGAGUUUCAGCCACACAGCAAGUCUGAAAAUUCACAAGCGCUCUCACACUGGCCAAAAGCCGUAUCGAUGCGAUGUAUGUAAAAAGGCAUUCACUACAUCUUCUGGACUUCUGCUUCACAGAAAGUCACAUGCAGAGCAGCUGGAGUUGGCCGAUAAGCUUGGCUUGCAGAAGACAUCCAAUCGAGUGACAAGGUCCGCAGUAUGGCAAGUAAAACGGCCAAGGACAAAUGUUCUGCAAAAGCCUCUGUCGGCAGAUAAAGUACCAGUACGAGUUUCCAAUCGGUUAAAGAUGAAAGUAGGCAACAGACAGCAUUUCAAGAAAAAGUUACUACUUCGUUUGAAGAAAAGACAGCCACUACAACAGGCAAGACUGAGAACUACAUUCAAGACUGAAUUGCCUAAAGUUUGCGUAGACCGAUUUUUUGUUACACCAGAACCCACAAUAUUACCAGAUGGUAAAAAAUUAUACGAGUGUACUGGCUGCGGUAAAGGCUUUCUGGAACUGUACAAAUUGAGGAUUCAUUACCGUACACACUCGGGCGAAAAACCUUAUUCCUGUGAUCACUGUGAAAAGAAAUUUGCCAGGUCUGAUAAAUUAAAACUUCACAAAAUGAAAGUCCAUAAAUUAGAUAUGACACCAGAAUCUAAAGUUAAGCUGAGCCUACCAAAUGACCCAAACAUCAGUGAUCUAGACCUCUUGAAAUUCAAUAUGGCAUACCUGAAGGACCAGUAUGUGGAUGCUGUAGAUGAUGACACAAGCCCCAACUAUAAUCCUCGUCGGCCCAACAAGACAGUGCCAAGACCUGCACAUAUUCCUUGUACGUUCUGUGAUCGAAAGUUCAACUCUGCAUACAAACUGAAGCUGCACAUUCGCAGUCAUACCGGGGAGAAGCCGUACAAGUGUGAGACAUGCCAGAAAGCAUUCCGACGUCUGCACAAGUUGACUGAGCACAAGAGAGUGCACACUGGAGAGAAACCCUACACGUGUGACCAGUGUGAGAAACGCUUCGCUCGCUAUGACAAGCUCAAGAUGCACAAGAGAACCCAUACUGGGGAAAAACCUUUCUUCUGUGAGUGGUGUGGAAGGAACUUUGCCAGACUAGAUCACCUGAAGAUCCACACUCGUCAGCAUACAGGUGAGAGACCCUACAAGUGUGAUCAGUGUGAUAAAAGCUUCACGGAGCCGUCGGGUCUCAAGUCACACAAGAAGAAUUUUCACCUCGGCGAGAAGGCUCUGUCCUGUCAAUACUGUGACGAAAAGUUCCGAGUCAUGUCUGCACUGCAGGCACACACAAUGACUCACACAGGACAAGACCCGUAUCCGUGCAAUUCUUGUGACAAGAAGUUCUGCAGCUUGUCGAGCCUGUAUUCGCACAAAAUAAUCCACACAGGAGCCAAGUUCUACACCUGUGAGCUGUGUGGCAAACAGUUCCGUCAGAAGUUCAGUCUGGACGAGCACGUUCGGCUGCACACCGGGGUGAAACCGUUCAAGUGUGAAAUCUGUGGCGAAUCCUUCGUACGACUGAAGAGUCUGCAGUUCCACAUCCGUAACCAUACGGGAGAAAAACCAUUUCAGUGCGACACGUGUGGAAAAUGUUACGCUCGGUCAGCAAACCUCCGUGAACAUCAGAUGCAUCACACCGGAGAAAAACCAUUCAAGUGUGACACGUGUUACAAAACGUUCACGGCGUCGUCCAAGCUGAGCCGACACAUGUUGAUCCAUUCGGGCGUGAAGGCCUGCACCUGCACCAUCUGCGGCAAGCAGUUCUCACGCAGAGACAACCUGAACGCGCACAUGAGGAGUCAUGCCGGGGAGAAACCGUACUCCCGCAAGCCGAAAGAGUCGCCCAAAGCGCUGUCGACAUCCACUUCUCUCGCUGACACCAUCCAACAACACAUGAGGAUUCACUUUGGUGACAUGCACACUGACAACACCGUACAUUCGGUGUACACACAAGGCAUCAGCGAGGCAGUGCUGGCGUCAAGUAUUGUGGAAAACGUCAUGGAAACACCAGCCCAACUACAAGCUCGAUUGCAACAAUUCUCCCACUUGAAUAAUAUUCCAUACUAGUUGAUGUUUGGAACUAUAGAGUUAUGCACAGCUUGUUAGCUGUCAUUAUUAUGUAUUUUUCAGUUAUUAUGAUCAUGUAUUUUUCAAAUGUAACCAACCAUGUGUAUUAUUGCUACAUGUAUGAGACUCCCCAUAUUAUGGAUGGAUUAUGUAUAGAUGUAAUUAAAUAUGCAUUAUUUGUUAAUGAAAUAUAAUUAUCUUUUAUCCGUUUUCUGCAACUGUUCAUUAUUGUCUGGCAAUUUCAGAAAUCCUUUUCCUACUUUAAUCAUAGCCUGAUUUUAUUUUUUAACUACCAAUUAACUAAGCUAUUGAAGCUUCUGAAUGGGACCACAUUGCUAUAAAUAGCUUUUAAACUUGUAUUUGUCAAAAUUCUGUAAAUGUGUUUUUUGUAGUAGAAAGAAUAGAUAUUUGAUACACUUUAUUCAGUCUGUAUACUAAUAUUUAGUCCACAGAAAUAGUUGACAUAUUCCGUCCAUCCGUGAAUAUGGUUAGAAUAAGUAAACAACAUUACAUUUGAUUAACUGUGAGAUAAAGUUUUAAAUAACUUGAAGAUCACAUUCAUAAUGUAUUGUGGCUUUUGUUUUUAAAUAUAAACAGUCUAUUUUCAUUUGGAAUUGAGUUGAAGUUGUUUCACAUUUCUAACCCCUGCAGUUGCCCUUGGCAAUCGGCAAUGUCACAGAGAUUGCCGUGCAGUUCUGCAGUUCUUAAUUCUUUACGGCACUUUUUUCCUUGGACUAUAUUCAGAUUUUUUUUCAAUGGCAUGUGUUUUUGCUGUGGACGUUUUCUUACAGGGUUGCCUGUAUGUGAAUACAACUUUAAAUUCAUUUAUGGAUACUAUCUAUAGCUUUCAUAUUGUUUGAGUUCAGGAAUAACAGUCUUUCAAAUACCCCACUUAACAGAUUGCAGCAAUUUAGAAUCACCUUGGUUAACAUUUUGAUAAAAGUGUCUCAAAAUGCAUACACUGUUUGAACUCAUUGAUUGCUUGUGUUCUGUGAAUAACACAAACUGCAUUGUUAAUGCUUUUUCUCAGAUGCACAUAAACCUGUUGUAUGCUUCCCAUACAGCACAUUGCAUGUUAGAAGUUUGUUGAUUGUUACACGGUUAAGAGCAAAUUCAUGUUUACGUUCACCUUUGUAAAAUGAGGAUUUGCAUAUUUCAAUUGUUUUUGCCUCUUGGUUUUGUUGUUAGCCAAAUAGAUAGUGAAAUACUGUAGAUGAAACAACAUCCCAAAAACCAAAAACCCCAUACUUUUUGUUUUGUAAGUAUUGUCUAUUAAAAUUCUGUUUUAAUAAAUAGGAAAGGAAAGGAACCACACCUCAGUACUUGUUCUUUUUUAAAAAAAAAACACCACCAAAAACCUUUCCAUUAAUUUUCUAACUAGAUAAUAUGAGACUAACCCACCUGGGAAUACUCUUCAUAUUUCAUGUCAUACUUUUGUAUUAAUGUAGGAGAAAUUUAUAUGCAGAAUGGAGUGCUAAAAUCAUUACUGAAUGAUAUAAAUUUACCCUAGAAAACAUUGUUGAUUAGUAUAGGGCAAAUUAUUUAUUGAUAAGAAAAUGUACAUAAAAAUAGCAAAACUGCACCAGGAUGAUCAGCUGUGAUUUCACUUGACCUGUUAUAUAUAUAUGAAAAUAUCUUAUCUUUUUUGUAAAUAUGUGCUGGGUUAAUAUGUGUGUAAUAAAAAUAGUUGGUAUUUGUACAUGUAGUAAUGUAAUAUUGUUGGUGUCAUGUAAUCAAUUUCUUGUCCCAUAAUCAAGGACAAGUUGUAUUAUUUUUUUUUAAUAUUUUUUUUUUACUUCGAGCAUUGUUUUAGUACUAGCCAAUAUUUUUCAUCAUUAUGUCUUUUUGGUAUAUAUUUAUCACUUUGGAAACUUUAUUGCUGUUGCUGUAUAAAACAAUGAUUUUUUUAAAUGUAUGUACCUUCUUUUCUUUUUUCUUUUUUUUUAUUAUUCAUAUACAUUGACUUGUUUUGUAAGUUGUAUUCAGUACAUAUAAUCAACUGUAUUGUAGCUAUAAUAAUGGUGUCAUCAUUUAUUGCUGUGUCAUGGGGAAAGAAGAAACUUGUACAGUUAUUUAUGUUUUGUGUUAAAUAUUAAAAAGAUAAAGUACCUUUCCUAGGUAUGUUUCUUGUUAAAAAUCAAGAUAAUGAUGUUUAAAUCUCUGUUAGAUAUCAUGUAUGCAGCAUUUCUUAAGCAGCUGUUUACAUACAGGCAUUAAAUUUGUUUUACAGUUUAAAAAAGGAAUAUUGUUUCUCUCAGAAUACGUCCAUUAUGACCAACAUAUUACUGUUUGAUAACUUACAUGGUGUAAGAUUUUAGGUAUGCGGUUUUACCACAAUCUUGAUAUAGAUAUAUAUUUUUUAAAUAGUUAUAUAAAAUAUUUGAUUUUUUUUUUUUUUUUUUUUUUUUUUUUUUAAUAAGUCGACAGUUUUAACAUUUGUACAUCCAGUGCUUGACAAUUGACACAAGCGUGCCACAGUGCUUGUGUUGCCUUUCUGUUCAUUCUUGACCAUUUUGCCUUUAGGGAGUUGCUUUACAGUGUACACUUUUUGCUAUCCAUGGAACCUGUUGACUGUUCUAAGUAUUUUGAAACUGAUUUUGUAGAUAGGUUUUUCUUGUGAUAUAUCAUAUUGAAAAGAUGUUUGUUGAUGUAAUCUUUCUUGUCUCUCCUCUCUCCCCCCCCCCCCCCCCCCCCCCACCCCCCGGAGAAUUUAUUACAUUAAUAAUGCUCCAUUUCAUUCAGAAUCAUUUCCAUGGAUUGACCUAAUUCUUCUACCAAAGAUGUAAGAGUUAGUAAGAGACUAGAUGGAAUUUUUUAUUACUAGAAUUGGAGGUUAUGGUUCUUUAAUAAAAAUAGAAAAUUGUUUUCCAAUCUGUCCGAUAAUAUAAACAACAUAUUUUUGUUGAGUACAUUCAUAUUGAAAGGAAUAUAUACUGUUAAAAAGGUAUCGUAUCCUGAACAGUUUUUAUGUCUUUAAUAUAAUGAUAAACUGUAUAACCAAUACAUGUCAAAAUGAGCAUUUCAAGCUGGUCAAUGUUGGUCUGUUAGCACACACAUCUCUGAUAAUUUACACUCAUAAUAACUUGGUUCUAAAUAUUGGUGUAUAUAUUCUUGGUUUGUUCCUUUGUUGUAUUUUCAUAUGUAUAUUGAUUAAUUCAGUCAAUAUAUUGCCUGAAAUUUUUGUUUUAUAUUUAGAGCAUGUUUAAAUAUUGUCUUUUUUCACAUUAUUUGAAACCUUAAUCAAGGACUUGAAUAAUUAUCAUUUUAUAGUGUAUGGUCUCCAGGUUAUUGAUUAGUUACUAUUUUAAAGGAUCAUCUUGUUUGAAUGUAAUUAACUGCAUUAGAAUAAUACAAAAUGUAUUGGCUCAUUAUAGUUAAUUUUCAAAUACAAGUUCUCUUGUUUUGGUUCAUGUAUAUAGUUGUUAAAUGUUUGAAAAAAAAAUUGUUUUGAUUAUAUUGAAGUUCUUCAAAAAAAUAUUUGUUUCUAUAUUUUACAGGUACUUUGAUUCCCAUUUUUAAAAAUGUCCUUUUUUACCAAUUUUAUUGAUUGAUUCUAUUAUAAUUUCCAGCUGAACUGUUGAAAAAUGAAAACAGGUUAUUUAGUCUUUGUUGAUAUGAUACUAUGAUAAAACCAAUGUAUUUAUAACGUCACAUCUUUAAUUAAGCUAGAGUACUGUAGUCUUACUUCAAGAUACAGACAUUAAAAUCAUGGCAGUGGUACGGUAUUUCCCGGUUUAUUAGUUAUGGAUGGGGCUGGGAAAACUGCUUGUUGCCAUGAUUAGGCUUUUGUUUGGGGAUUUUUUGUUGCUUUAUGUAGUUGUUGGGUAUUGUUAAUGUUUUGUUUUUUAAAAAAGAAAUUGAACUCUUGUUUUAAUAUUAUUAUAAUAUUUCCUGAUAGGAUUGGAAAUGUUUGGUGUAAGUAAGUUACUCAUAUUAAAUAAAAUUAUACCUGAGUUAUUAAAACCCCCACCAAUAACAACAAACUACUUCAAAGAACAAUUCCAACUUAAAAUAGACAGUGGAUUAGUGUUCUCACAUGUAACACAUCUUGGUAAUAAAACCUACAUAACAGUAUGAAAUACAGAGCAUUCAGGGGUUUCACCAAAUUAUUUAAAAUUUUCUUUUAUGCUUGGAAGAAAAAAUUAAAUGUAGCCAAAAAUCCACAUAGAGACAUGCAUCAAACAUACAAUUAUUCAUAUUCAGUGUAAGAAAACAUCAGUUUAGUUUAAUUUUAAUAAUUAAAAAAAAUGUAUUGGACAACUCGAGAUACUCCCUUUAAAUUAGAUAACCGUUCUAUCCAUACAAUCCAACUUGAUGUUCAAAUUUCACCACAGUACUGACAGUAAGUGCCGUGAUUGCUCUUACUUGUCAUUGUGUGCUGAAAAUUGAACGUUGUUGAUGGUAAGAAGAAUCCCAGGGUGCACUAUUUGGUUUGCUACGAUGCCAUUCCUAUACAUUCCAUGUUGUAUUUCUAAGAAAUAGUAAGAUUAUCAUUGGUAGUAUGAUUAAAAAGACCCGUAUUCAACAAAGGCUCAAUGCAACAGAAUGAAAUCAUUUUUGUCUUAACAAAACUUGAUGAAAAGUAAGAUGACUUUAGGCCCUUCUUUUGAGGGAAAUGUUUACCUUGGUGCCCUAUUAAACUGAAGGCAAAACUUGCUGUGCUACCCCCCCCCCCAAAAAACCCCCACAAAAACCCCCCAAAACAAACAAAAAACCCAAAACAAACCCAAAACCCCAACCAAACAAAAUUUUAAUUUAAAUUUGACCCGAUAUAGUAAGUACUUGAGAAGUCUAUGAAAUGUUAAUAUAAAAUUUGGCUAUGUUUACCAAAUUAAUGUAAACAUGUUUAGUCCUUAUACUGUUAAAGCAAGCAAAACAAGACUACAUCAUACAGAUAGCAGUAUAAACUGUCUUAAAGGGACACACACACAAGGGGCUUGUUGUUAACCAUUACGGCGUUGUUUUUUGCUAUUAAACCCAUUUUUUCACAAAUAAAAUUGCACUUUACUUACCGUUAAGUGUUUUUUGGUAA